AUGUAUUUGAAAGACCGUGGUGUGACAUUUACAGGCUACAUUCGUCGCGAAUUGAUCACCUUGUGCGAGUGUGUUGCCAGCUUGGAUUUGCCCGUCUUCCAGGAUGUUUCCGAUAUAAGCUGCACACCCCAAACACUCUCACACCUGAACAUUAACUGUGACCCAUUCCUGUUACAAGGCUACUCAAACAAUUUGUCACAAUGUCUGGAAAUUGGAAUAUAUGACGUAUUUAAUUACUUGGUGUCGUUCAGGCCCGAUUAUGACAGAAGGAAGCUUCGCGCCUACAAGUCUUUUCAAGACUAUCGCUUGUUUGCUGAUGGGCAUGUCAACAGUGUGGAGUAUGCUGAUGCUACUGACACAAUUGGCAUUUUUAAAGCGUCUGUGAAGCCAACACAACGGGACAAGACCUACCUAAAGUCCGAGUUCUACAACCCAUGGAUUGCUGUGGAAAAAAAUAAUGUUGACAUUAAGAGCGCUUACUGUCAGUGUCCAGGAGGAUCUGAUGGAGCCUGCAGACAUAUAGCAGCAACACUUUUUGACAUUGAAGCUUUUGAGAAAAAGAGCGUCACUGAUGGCCCAUCCCUAUGGACCAAGCGACCAAGCAGUCACGAUGAGCCUGUGCCACUGGGUCACCUAAAAGUCAAGAAAAUCAGCUAUGGACAAACACUUGCAGACACGAACAGUGACCUUGGACAGGAGAAUUUUGAUCCUCGACCAAUAAGUGACCGAGCAAAUCCAUCACUUGAACAGCUGGCCGAUUUUGCAGCCUCCCUGCACCAGAUAAAUCCGAAUGCUUGUGCCUUGGAGAGCCUCCUUGAUCCCACUGACACAGAGACUCAAGCAACAAAAAUUAAUGAGGAAUGUGCUGCCAUGUCCAUAGUCAACAAACUACAGGCCCUUGACUUGAGUCCAGAUACUGACAUAUCUCAGGAUGCAAUCAAUAGACUCAGAUACUGUACUGAUGACAUUACUUACAUUGAACAUGAAACCACAGGACAGAGUGAGAAUCCUACAUGGUCAGUUAUGAGAAAAGGCAUGGUGACCACUUCCAAUUUUAAACGUGUUUGCACCAGGGCAGACUCUUUUGAAAAAAACAAUAACAUUGAUUGUUCAAAUUUAGUGAAAUGUUUGCUACAUGACAGUCGUAGCAUUGACAAUAGCAAUGUACCAUCUUCUAUUGUGUGGGGUAGAAAGAAAGAAAGCAAGGCCAAAGAAAUGUAUAAACAGAUUGAAAGAAGGAGACAUAAAAAAUUAUCAGUGAAAAUCAAAGGUUUAUUGAUUGAUAAAGAAAAUCCUUUCCUUGGUACUUCAGUGGAUGGUACAGUUGAAUGUCAAUGCAAAGAAAAUCAUCAAAACAAAUUAUUAGAAAUUAAAUGUCCAUGGGCUUUGAGAGACUGUGAUCCUAAAACUGUUGCACAAUGCUAA